AUGAGAAGACGCCCUCAGUGGAACUGGCCGAGUGUUCGAAGUGAAUUCAUUAUGAGAUACUGCUUGUUCUUAUUGGUAGCCGCCGUCUGCGAGGCGAAAAGAAUAACGAGAGGAGUGGAUUAUGUUCAUUUUCCGAAUUUUCGGAUGAUUUACCACGGUCAUGGUGCUACCAGUUAUCAAAAUGUGCAGGUUGAUAAUCACGAUACUAUACCAGUACCUACGAAUUAUGUAGACCAAGCGGAGAUUCAUGACCUGGAACACGCAUAUCAUCACACAGCUAUCGUUCCGAUCGAGGAGUCUCAUAAUGAAAUAGAUCACGUCGAUGUAGCCGAUGAAGUGCCUUAUGAGGAGUAUAGUGUCGCUGACAUUGAGCACAAGUCCGACGUACUCGAGCAUUAUCUCAAUCACUACGACGAUGAACAAAAUUACGAAUUUUAUCUACAAAAGUAGUUUAGAAAGCAUUAUACUCAGUGGAGAAUCUUUUCUGAUAUUUCCAUUGGUUGAUAUAUACUAAAAUUAAGCCAUAGCAAUA